AUGGGAGAUGGAAGAAGGAGUAGUGCAAUGAUUGGUGUAAUGCUACUGUUGUGUAUGUCAGUGACUUAUGCACUGAGAUACAAGGUUGGGGAUUCACGUGGUUGGUCCUUCAACGUUAGUAACUGGCCUUAUGGAAAGACUUUCAUGGCUGGUGAUGUACUUGAAUUCAAUUACAUGUUUGGGAUGCACAACGUGAUGGAAGUAGACAAGUCUUUUUUCGAGCUAUGCAUUCCAAUUCCAAAGAUUGGAAGUGAAUUUGGAGACACAGUACACUGGUCAGGAAAUGAUCAAAUUCAGCUUCGCUCAGGACAGAGCUACUUCAUUUGUAGUUUUCUUGGUCAUUGUCAGCGUGGCAUGAAAAUUGCCGUCAAUGCUGUCUAA